UCAGCAUGAACAAGGUUAAAAAUGGAUUGAUCCCAAUCCUUGAGUUCAUUGCUAAAGAAGAUAGAAUUGUGGAUUUGCAAGAUGUUUUCAAGAGAUUCACCUUUGAUACGACGUGUAAAUUACUCACAGGUUUUGAAUCUUGUUGCCUUUCUCUUGAAUUCCCGGAAGUUCCCUUCUUGAAAGCCAUGGAUGAUGCUAAAUAUGUUGUAACCAUACGCUAUCUAUUGCCAGAAAGUGUUUGGAAGUUGCAAAAAUGGCUAGGAGUUGGGCCUGAAAUGAAACUAAGAAAAGCUUCGAAUGUCCUUGAUCAUGUCAUAGGUGAGUAUAUAUUGAUGAAGCGCGAAGAAUUGAGUAGAGGAGAAAAACCUAAGAAAGAUAAUGAAGAGGGUUUUGAUUUAUUAACGCCAUAUAUAAUCAACGAUGGAGAAACAACAUCAGGGUUGAAGUUUGAUACUAAGUUCUUAAGGGAUACCUUUUUAAACUUCAUGUUCACCGGGCAUGACACGAUUAGCCCAGGUCUUACAUGGUUCAUUUGGUUGGUGUCCACACAUCCUGAGGUUGAGAAGAAUAUAAGGGAAGAACUUAAGGCCAUCAUCCCGAUUGAAGAAGCUGAAAAAUGGAGGCUUUUUACGGCUGAUGAAUUGAAAAAUGCAGUUUAUUUACUUGCUGCAUUGUGUGAAUCACUGAGGCUAUAUCCCCCUGUCGCAUUUCAGCAUAAGACUCCACUAGAACCUGAUAUUCUCCCAAGUGGUCACCAUGUUCAUCCUAAUAUGAGAAUGAUGAUUCCUUUAUGUGCAAUGGGGAGGAUGGAAUCCAUCUGGGGAAAAGAUGCCUCGGAAUUCAAGCCACACAGAUGGAUUUCAGAUCGUGGAACGAUUAAACAUGAGCCAUCUUACAAGUUCUUUUCUUUCAAUGCAGGACCAAGAACUUGCUUAGGAAAAGAAGUAGCUUUCACUCAAAUGAAAUUAGUAGUUGCUACUAUCAUCUAUAAUUACCAAAUUGAAAUGGUGAAAGGUCAUGUUGUUUACCCCAAUCUCUCCGUUAUGCUCUACAUGAAACAUGGCUUUAAUGUUAGAGUUAAGAGGAAGUGGGCAUAAUACUUUUGUAAUGUUACUUGUAUUUCAUGUUCAAAUAAUGGGAGUGUCAUGACU